UAAAAGGACACGUGUGACCAACAACGUUAAUGUCGUUCUUAGAACUUAGAAUCGGACGUUGUUGAAAGAUAAUCGUGAACGUGGAGCACAUCAUUUACAAACUGAAAACACGUGAAAUUUGAGCUUCUUCUGUUGCAUUCUUAUCAUUUUUUGUUGCUUUCAACGGUUGCAGCUGAGGUAGGAGAAUUCAUUCUCUCUUUUGACGCACCAUUUCAGGUUUUUACAUUUUGAAAGACAAUGGCAGACGCCGAGGAUAUUCAGCCACUGGUCUGUGAUAAUGGAACAGGAAUGGUUAAGGCUGGAUUUGCUGGAGAUGAUGCUCCAAGGGCUGUGUUUCCUAGCAUUGUUGGUCGACCACGCCACACCGGUGUGAUGGUUGGCAUGGGACAAAAAGAUGCAUAUGUUGGUGAUGAAGCUCAGUCCAAGCGUGGUAUAUUGACUCUAAAAUAUCCAAUUGAACAUGGUAUUGUGAGUAACUGGGAUGACAUGGAGAAGAUUUGGCAUCAUACCUUUUACAAUGAACUCCGUGUGGCCCCAGAGGAGCACCCGGUUUUGCUCACUGAAGCACCGCUCAAUCCAAAGGCUAAUCGUGAGAAAAUGACACAAAUUAUGUUUGAGACAUUCAACACACCUGCUAUGUAUGUUGCUAUUCAGGCCGUUCUAUCGCUCUAUGCCAGUGGUCGAACAACCGGUAUUGUUCUGGACUCUGGAGAUGGUGUCAGCCACACUGUACCAAUCUACGAAGGAUAUGCCCUUCCACAUGCUAUCCUUCGUCUUGAUUUAGCAGGGCGUGACCUCACUGAUGCCUUGAUGAAAAUCCUUACCGAGCGUGGUUAUUCUUUCACUACCACAGCCGAGCGUGAAAUUGUAAGAGAUGUGAAGGAAAAGCUGUCUUAUAUUGCCCUUGAUUUUGAGCAAGAGCUUGAAACUUCAAAAACAAGUUCUGCUGUUGAGAAGAGCUAUGAGCUUCCUGAUGGACAGAUAAUCACUAUUGGUGCUGAGCGUUUCCGUUGUCCUGAGGUUCUUUUCCAGCCUUCCAUGGUUGGAAUGGAAGCUGUUGGAAUUCACGAGACGACAUACAACUCAAUCAUGAAGUGUGAUGUUGAUAUCAGAAAGGACCUGUAUGGAAACAUUGUCCUUAGUGGUGGUACUACUAUGUUCCCUGGUAUUGCUGACAGAAUGAGCAAGGAAAUUACCGCGUUGGCCCCAAGCAGCAUGAAGAUCAAGGUGGUUGCUCCACCCGAGAGAAAAUACAGUGUCUGGAUUGGUGGCUCUAUCUUAGCUUCUCUUAGCACUUUUCAACAGAUGUGGAUUGCAAAGGCCGAGUACGAUGAAUCUGGUCCUUCAAUUGUACACAGGAAAUGCUUUUAGAAUGCUGCAAAAUGGUUUGGUUUAGGUACAAUGUUCUUGUUUCGCAAUUCAAUAGCGACUUGCGACGAUGGAUAAUUUUUUCUUGAUAAAGUAUUUAUGUAAUGUUAGAACGGUGAAGUCACUGAAGCUGGAGUUACAUGGCAUAGUUAAUUCUUUCAUUUAUUUUGUUUUACCAAUUACCAAUUGGUAAUGUUGAACAGUUGAUCUUGAUCUUUAACUAUAAAUCAAAGA